AUGAUAUCGCGCUCACCGGCUCCAUCCCCUUCAAAGACCGUCGACCCCCUCAGGCGCUGCGACUUCUGCAAAAAGCCGCCCAAGCCCGACAAACCACUGCGCCGCUGCGCCGGCUGCUGCCGUGUUAAGCCAUUCUACUGCUCCAAGGAGUGCCAGAAGGCCCAUUGGCCCAUGCACAAGUGCAACGUUUUCACAUUCGGCUGCAACAACGGCCCUCUGGCCCAGCCUGCAGCGCCUGGCGAAGAGGUUGACAACAGCCUCGUCACCCGCCUGCGCACCUUCAUGGACGCGCACGAAUGGGCUCUAGGCGCCGCAGCCGGUGCCGUCGCGCUCCUCGCCUACGGCCAGGACUACGGCCGCCACCUUGAGACGAGCAUGGUCGAAUUCACCCUCGCCAACGUCCCGCCCGCUCCCGGGACACGCCGGGACCCCGUGCGCGCGUUCAAGAUGCUCGGGAUCGGCGUCCUCGACGUCGCACCCGGCGCGCGGCGCCGCGUAUGCUCCGCGUCCUGCGCGAGUUCCGCGUCGCGGAGAAGGAGGACGUGCGACAGGAGAUCGAGACGAACGCGGUGUACGGCCAAUCGCCGCCCGCGGACCGGGUGCUUCACCGUCAACGGCGAGACGCAGUUCGUGAUGCACUCGUACGUCCGUGGCCUCCCGCGGGUCUGGCCACGCUCGGGCUCGGGGCGCGGCAGCGGCAGCGGGCCCGACCAGGCGGGCACCGCGAUGGAAGACCUCGUGCGCUUGUGCAUGACGAGCGUAAACGAGGGGCCAGGCUUCCGGAGAGAGCUCUCGGCGAACGCGGGACUGGCCCUCCCCGGCAAGUUCGAGCGCGUGAAGAAGGAGUGGGUGUGGUGGCCGUUGUUCAAGGAUUGGGAGGAGUACGAAGCGAACCCGAGGAAGUACGGACCUAUGGCGGCCUUCAAGGACAUCCGUUCAGGCUAUUCUCCCAAAGAGCUCAUGAUAUUUACUUUUUUGUUCUGA